CAGUUUGUGACCUACAGGAAAACCUGCUAGUCCACUUCUGUCUGAAAAUACAGGAGAAUAAAUGUUACAAUCCUCAGAGGAAACUCGUGCGUAGGGAAACACAUCAGGAGAUUGGAUGAAUGGCCAUGGAUGAAUCAGUCCAGAGGAGGAGGAGGAAGAGGCUCUGUGUUACGGGCCGCCCCCUCUCCAUCACCCAGCCCCCAAAACAGACACUACAUUCACCAGAGGAAACGGAAAAGACGAAACAUACAAGAAGCUUUUUCAUUUCAAAACCCCGGGGCUGUGGAAAGAACAGAGAGUUCCUUUUAUAAACCUAAACCUGUCUACUUUUGGCUUCAUCGUUUCACCACUAAACCUGGACUUCCUGUGCCGUUAUUUCCACGCUUUGUUCCUGUUUUCCCCAGCUGUUUGCAGCUGGCACAAAGCACCCGCCCUGUUUGGGGGAAAAAGGGACCGAGAGUGACCGGAGGAGGAGAGAGAUGCCACCCCAAGCUCCGCAGACUCCGCAGGUGAGGAAGAACAUCGUGAAGUUCCUCAAAAGUUUUCUGGGAAUCACCCGGAUCCUGCAGAUUGUGUUCGGAGCCGGACUUUGGGUCACCAUAGCCGCAAACAAGUACGAAGGAUCCAUCCACUUCGUCCUGUUCGUCGCGGUCCUCUUCUGGCUCCUCACCCUCGCCCUCUUCUUCCUCACCCUCCUGGAUAAGCAGGAUCUGGUCCCGCUGCUCGGAGGGGAGCGCUGGUUGUGCACAAACCUGGCGCACGACGUGGCCGCCUCCGUGCUCUACCUGUCGGCCAUCGGGGUCAUGAUCUACAAGACGGAACGCUACUCGUUCUGCAACCUGGAGCAGUACAAGCACGUGUGUCUGUACAAGGUCUACCUGACGGCCGCCGUGUUCGCCUGCCUCUGCUGCCUGGUUUACCUCCUGUCUGUUAUUUAUGGAGCGUGCAGGAAGUGUCGAGGAGAACAGACGGUAAUCUAAUGGGACGGAUGACAACAGGGGAAGGGAGGGGGAUGGGGAGGGGGGUCAUCCACAGCAAGAUGAGGAAUAGUUAAGUUCACUGUAUUUAAACUCAGCAGGUUUAUCUCUAUUUUCUACAACUUUACUGAUGGUGAUGCAAAACCUUCUACUAUCACUCUGUGGCCUUACAGUCAGUGAACCAGAGCAGAUCCUUUUACUGCCCAGAGUGAGUCUAACUACAAAGAUGUGUUGUUAGGGCAAAGUAUUGGUACUAUUCAAACAAAGCCAUGAAUGACAUGUCUAAGAAGUAUUAUUAUACUCCUAUGUGGACCUAUUAUGAUACCCUGAAAGUCUACUAUAUGUAAAGUUUACAGUAUACGUAGAAUAUGGUUGCUAAUGGUGAAGUCGUUUCAGUACUGACCUCUGACAAAGCCCAACAUGCAGCCAGUAAAUACAUCAUGAGUUGCUAUUAGAUUAAAAUAUCAAAAGACUUUACAGAAUCAUUUUUGAUGACAAAUGAUGACAGUGGAAUGAUAGAACACAGUGUAAAGUUAGUCAAAGCUCAAAAAACAUCAGUAGUGUUUUCCAUCAAUAAGAUGCAUUAUUUUUAUUCCCAAGGUGCCAGAAUCAAACAACUUCAAACAUUUCUAGUGUUGAGUUCUGGCAGAUGAGGACAUACACUGAACCAAUUUAUGAAGAGACAAGUGAAAUGUGUUUUUAUGUCACUACUAGAGACAUUCCAAAGCGACUAUUUCCCAGUCGUUGACAUCAAAAUCUAAAUUCUGACUGACCAGUCUAAAGGUCAGAAAACACUGUGCAGACUUUAAUGAACGCAGGAUCACAGAGUCUGCAGGUGUAGCCAAAUAUGGCUAAUAUUAGCUAACAUUAGCACCACCAGCCUUCGGUCCACCUUGCAGGUUAAAGUUUAUAUGCCUGUUAUUUAAUGCCAGCUUAACUAGACACAGCAGUACAUACAACUGUAUCUCAAUUUUAGAUCAAAAUUAUGCCAAACUGCGUUGCACUAUCUGUCACCUGAGAUCAUUUACAUCUGGGUUGUAGAGCAUUAUAGCAUUAAGGCAGUUACCAUUACCCAGAGCUACAUCCCUGGCUAGUGGCAAGUGGCUGCAUUACAAUUUAGAUACAUGACAUUUCAGACCUAGAGUAAGAAAAAACGUAAUUAAUUUGACCAACUAGUAAUGCUGUUGCAGACUUGUGAGUGAGUGACAUUUAAUCUCUUAGUCAACUUAACACCAACAUGAUGUUUCUGUUAAUGUCAUGUCAUUUCCCUUAUUUAAAGAGAUUCCCUUAUGUUCCUUGGUGGGCUUAUUAUAACAAUGACAGGUGGAUUGUACCGUAACAUUUUACGGUACAACGCUACAUCUUUUUUUUUGUGUGUGUUUUUUUAAACCUUAGAGUAGUUCAGAUAUUAGUUCCAGUAUUGGCCUCCAAUGCAGCAACGGGUAUCUGCAAGGAUGCCAGGCAGGGUACCAAUUUGAUACUGUAGUGUACAAGCAACCCCAAAAUCAUGUGGUUUACAGCAAAUUAUCACGUUGCGAUAACAAACAGCAGUAAAACUGUGCCAGCAGUGAGUGUGAUGUCAGUCAAAGCUAGUAAAGUGUUUUGAAUCAGUGUUUUUACUCCAGUAUUUAUCAGCCUUGGAAUCAGUGUAAAGAGGAACUGGUACAUUUCUAGUGUUGACUAUCAAACUACAAAAAAAAAAUAAUCUUGGUGCAAACAACUAUCAAGAACAGGAGUCUGGAGGAAAAAGUAAUGAAUGCAUGUAUGAUGGGACUUUUUUUGUCUAGCUGUGUCCAUUUUUUAUCAUAAUUUGAUGUAAUAUCCCUCAUGAGAACAGUAUGAUGUUUCUGUUUGAAACUGUUAUAGUGUGCUUAGAGUAUAUCACAUAUAAAGUUUAUUGUACAAUGCUACUUAACUUUAUAACUUUGUGUUGGUAACCAUCUAAAACUUCUCACAGGAUCACUACAGCUGUGUUCUUUUUAAUAGGGGUUAUUUUAAUAACUUUUUAAAGUAUAUAUUUUUAUGUAUUUACAUGUUUUCACUGAACAGCUACCAAAGCGGGUUGGACUUAUUGUUCUGUUUUGUUCCGUCAGGCUUAAACGUUGCAAAAAAAGUUUUAUCAGUGCCUUGUGUCAGAAUGCUGUCUUCUCAUAAAGGUUGUUUGGAUGGAUGAUUGGUGCUACAAUGUGUAUGCUGAACAAAAAUACCCCUUAAAGUGUUCUCAUGUAAAACCAAAGAGCAAAACAAGCGCAAGAAUAAAGACCAGUAAGUGAGAA